UUGGCAGCAUCUCCUGUCUCUCUCUGAAUAUGGAGGCUCCAGAGGAAGCUGAACUCUGCUUUCCCCACAUCAACACCUCCUGCAGGAGGACGAUGGGUCCUUACGUGGAGACCAUGCUCACUUACACUGUGCUGUCCUGCAUCAUUGUGCUCACUGUGAUUCUUAACCUGCUGGUCAUCAUCUCUAUCUCCCACUUCAGGCAGAGUCAAAACUUUUUCACAUGGCUACUUUUUUAUGGCAUAGGUGGCUGUUAAUGCAACUUGAUGUUUUUCUAGUCCUCCGUUAUACUAGUAUUAUAACUGUUUGUAACACAAUUUCUACAUACAACAUGAAUGGUUUCAGUGUUGAUUUUCUCUGAUUUCAGGCAGCUCCACACCACCACCAACCUCCUCCUCCUCUCUCUGGCUGUCGCUGACUUCCUCGUGGGUCUUCUGCAGAUGCCACUCUUUCUCCUCCAAAACCAAGGCUGCUGGUUCUUGGGCGACAUCAUGUGUGUCGUGCAUUAUUUCUUGGCUGCCCUCCUUGUUAACGUUUCAGUGGGAUGCAUGGUGCUAAUAUCACUUGACCGCUAUAUAGCAAUUUGUAACCCCAUGUUUUACACCACCAGAGUCACUCUGACCAGAGUAAAACUCUGUAUUUGUCUGUGUUGGACAUAUCCCGGUGUGCAUGGCAGUUGGAUAUUCAGGGAUGUCUUAAAACAGCCUGGCAUGUAUAUCACCUGCUAUGGAAGUUGUGUAGUUGUGGUCGGUUAUGCUGAAGGACUUGUUUCUAUGAUUACCACGUUUUUAGGCCCCAUUUUAAUCAUAGUAGUUCUGUAUUCGAGAGUGUUUGUGGUGGCUGUUUCUCAGGCUCGGGCCAUGCGCUCUCACGUUGCAGUUGUCACAGUGGAGCGUUCCCAGACUGUAAAAGCAAUGAAAUCUGAGAUUAAAGCAGCCAGGACUCUCGGUAUUGUAAUUAUUGUGUUUCUCCUCUGCUCAUGUCCAUAUUAUUGUUUUGCUGUUGCAGCUGGGACUACCUCGAUUGGGGCAUCAUCUUCGGUCAUUGUGAUUUGGUUAUUUUACUUAAACUCAACCUUUAACCCUGUGAUUUAUGUCUUCUUCUACCCAUGGGUCAGAAAAACCAUUAAACACAUUUUUACUCUUCAGAUUCUGCAGCCUGGCUCACGUGAAGUGACUGUGAUGUAGAAGGAGAGAGACUCUGAAGAAAAUAUUAAAUUCAAAUGUGUGA